CCUGGUAACUAUACUGACGGAUAGUUUAUAAAGGAACCAAUUCGUUUGGGAUGACCAGCGAGGUUCGGCAUUGUGUUUCCUAGUCGCGAAGUGAGUUACUGGCUUCACGUCUACAGGAAAUAUCGCUAGAAAUAGAGCAUAGGAGACGAUAAAUCGUGGACUGUCACAGAAAAUUACGGAAACUUGGAUUUUUGGGAACAGGUGGUGUAGCCUGAGGGAAGGUUGGGUGUAAACAACCUGUGGUUGUUUAGUUCAUAAUAGUUGAUCUCAGAUCGGCGGGAACACUACUGGAGGGUUGACUUGUGCAAUGGCAGACCAGGUGACAGCGGGACUUCACAACACAGAGAGGAACGGCCAUGUUCACUUUCCAGCUGAACAAGUGGUCACCCACGACAGUGAAAUUCAGAUCGUCCGUGAAGGAGACAGGUAUGAAGUGCACCUCGGCUUCCUCCAGUUCCGACACUUGUACCAGGUGACGUUCUGUGUGAAAGACAGUCUGGGAGAGGACAUUGAAGCUGAUCCUCUACAGAAUCUGCAUGUCAGGAUGGACACCUAUCAGCCGACCGAGGAUGGCGAAGGACACCAAGUGGUCGUUAUAUUCAAUGCUCAUCGAGAGAAGGUGUUAGAAGAAAGUCUCAAGAUUACCGACUCCAAGGACAAGACUAAAUCUAUAACACUGGCCUUCCAUGCUCGUGUCCUAGGCAAGGGUCAAGGCACACCUGCUGUACGUAGUGGUAUCCAUUGUCUCAGCGUCGACUGGGAUGAAGACUCGGACGUCAGCGACUGGCAGGGAUUCAACUAGACCCUCCCAGAGAAGAUCAUUGUUGACUUAUCAUCAGUACUGCAUGAGCUUGUAUACAAUACGUUCCUGAAUCAUACCAGAAUGAGGGGGUGCUGUUCAGUGCCUGGUGGUGAAAAUGUUCACUCACCACACUGAAGACCUGGAUUCAAAUCCUAGGUACAAUGUAUGAAGCCGUCUCUUGUGUCUUGAUAUUGCUGGAAUACUGCUUAAAGAGGACUCACUCUAGUCACCUCUACACUGUACAGCAAGCAGAUGUAUUCAGAGUUAAUGUAGGAAUGUAGAGCGUACAAGCCAUGAAGUACUGACGAUUUUCUUAUAGAAUAUGGACUUCAGUUUUGUCAAGAUGAGACUGUCAAGUUCCUGACAUAUCCUGAAGUCUUUAUAUGCCUAUUGUGGAGUUGGGGCCUCGAUACAUGAAAAAAAUAGCUUCAUGUACAUACAAAAUUUGAAUGGCAUCAAUCCUUUACCAUUUUGGUUGGAGUUCAUUUUUAAAGAAUCCAAAAUGUUUUGUUACCAUGGUUACAGUGGAUGUUUUUCUGAUAAGUUGUAGUGGAACUUUUCCUGGACUGAGUUUUUAUGGUAUAAACUACGAAAAUGCUUUGUGUCUCUCGACAAUGAUGGAAAAAGUUAAAGAAUUGUUUCAGCAGCAUUAUGAUACUAUCAUAUCCACGUCAGUAACCAUGGUAACACGAUUGAAAAAACAAACCAAGGUGAUGGUCAGAGAAACUUUUACUCUCUCCACAAGCUAGUUGACCUUUGUUGUAAGACAACUACCAAUGUGGAUUUUAAUUACAAAAAAAAUAAUUACUUUGUGUGUUGUUUUGACAGCAAUGACUGAUUUAUUUGGACCAUGGAAAAAAGGACUUUUAUGUUUUUAUAUCACAACAUGAUGAACUGCAAUCAGCUGCUUUGAUCAGCUAGCAGAGUAUUAGGUCAAAGAUUGUUAUCAGCAUGAGGUCUAAUAUGCUCAUGGAGUUAAUCUGAUACUUCUUUGAAAAUUCAAAGUAUCUUACAGCAUUAUGUCUGUGCAAAAGGGGCUAGACUUCUAGAAUAUUUCAAUACCAUCUUGCCUUACAGGUCUGAGGGUAACGUAGUGUAGUAUUUUUAGAAGAAAGGAUGAAGUUUUAGAAGAGGAUGAUAGAAUAGACAGUAAUAGUACAUUAUGCCACAAGCAAUGGAUUGUGUUUAGUCGUAAUGGGAUUUGGCUACAUGCCAUUCAGAGUUAUGUUCUUCCCAGGAGGUUCUGUUUAAUAUUACUUUUUGCAAUAUUUCUCUCCAAAAACUAUGCCUUAAUGAGUGUUUUAUAAAGGGCACUCUCAACACGCUACUUACUCGGUAUAUUUACCCCAGAAAUUUAAUUAUAAAAAAAUAUCUUUUUAUUCUAAGAUUGUUAUCACUAAUGUGACAUAUUUGUAGACUCAUGUUCACUGGUAGCAGGACCAAUAAAGAAAAUGAGACCGUCA